UCAAGAUGGCCGCAAGUGCUUCAGGCGAAUCUUUUACGUAUGGGUAUGUUGGCAAUAUUCCGGCAGCGUAUCAUUCUUCGGAUUUACGGAAUUAUUUCUCCCAAUUUAUAGAAAGAGGAGGAUUUGACUGUUUUCAUUUUCGCCACAGACCAGAGAUAAGAAAACCCGUAGACAGUGAUCCUUCGAUGUCGAAUGAGACUGAGCUUCAUCCUCAAAGUCAAACGACUGGCACCAAAACGUUGUGUUGCGUUUUCAGGUUGAAAAAACAGAAGCUAGAGGAGCUCAUCAGACAAUAUCACAGAAAACACUGGUUGGACAGGAAUGGUGAAUCUAUACGACCACUAUGUUUGAUUAAACGUGUGAGGAUAAUGGAUGAAAAAGAUAUGGGAAAUCAGAGAUAUAAAACAAGAAGAGAACAAAAACAAAUUCCACAGGACAGAGAACAAUUUACCAGAGCUGAUUUAUCCAAACUGAUAGAACUUCAUCCUCCUGAUAUAAUGCCUAAUGGCAAUGUGGGAACUCCAACUUUGGUCUUUUUAGACCUGAUUAAGCAGUGCAGGCUGCCUCCAGUUAUUAUAAAAAAACUCGGACUCUCAUUUCCAAAGACAAGGUCAAAAAGAAAAUAUGGGAAUGUCCCCUUUGAAUAUGGGGGAGAGGUAAUUCAAGGAGACUCUACUGACACUGAGACUCAUGUUAUAAGUGGUAGUGGACAUGUUCUGCAAGCAGAGAGUGCAACUCCAGCAGAACUGUUAGGUAAUCAAGAAUAUAACAUGGAAGACAGAACAAAGGGGAAGAAAGAGGAUCAGGACAGUGAAAAUGAAGAAAAUGAAGAUUCUGAUCCUGACAAUGAUGACGACACCUGUGAGGAGUGGGAACGCCAUGAGGCCACCACGGAUGACCCCUGGGAUGUUGAGAGGAACAAGGAGAGGCUAUUUGAGGAGGACAUAGAGCUAAAGUGGGAGAAGGGGGGAUCAGGACUGGUCUUCUAUACAGAUGCUCAAUACUGGGAUGAGCAGGAAGGAGACUUUGAUGCUAAGACAGCAGAUGACUGGGAUGUUGAUAUGAGUGCAUAUUAUGAUGCUGAAGGUGGAGACAUGGAUGCUAGGGAUUUCCUUGCAAUGAGAAAGGAAACUAGGAGAAGAAAUGGGGAAGAAGAUAUAUCUGUUGUGAAUAAUAAGAUUGGCAAAUUUGAAAGGCAUACCAAGGGGAUUGGAAGGACAAUAUUAGAAAGACAGGGCUGGACAGAUGGUCAGGGUUUAGGUUCCACUAUACGUGGAAUGGCAGAUGCUUUGGACAAUGAUGGACAACACCCAAAAGAUAAAAAAGGAUUGGGGUAUCAUGGGGAAAAACUUAUUCGUUAUGGCUUCAAAAGACCGAGGGCAGAAAAGCAGGUGAUAAUUUCCACAAUAUAUGACAAUCCAGAAGACACUGACCCAGCUGAACCCUUACUGCGCAGGAAAAACCCACACUCCUUGAAAUACAGAGAACCAGUAAAUUUUACAAAAGCUUGUGACAAGGAAUAGAUUUUUUCAAGUUUGAUGUGCUGAAU